UACUCUAGUUGUCACAUUGUUUAUCUCUCAAUAGUUCCUCUCAGUGAAUAUCCAAAUUGAAAUAGAAAAAAAAAAAAAAAAACAAAAACAUUACGAUAGAAAAUGCGUAUGCGUAGUAAUUUUAAGAACCCUGAUGAUCCAUCAGAUGGUUCCGAGAUUGACGAAGUCACAGACGCUGUACUGGAAGAUGAUGUCGAGUUAAUGAUCAAUGCACGUGUUGAAGAUUGGAGUGAGGAUGAUGAAGAUGUUGUUGAGGCAGCGGAGGGAAAUGCCGAAUAUGAUAUUGGAGAUGAGGAUACAAAUAGCGAUGAUAGUUCAGAAUUUGAUCCGAUGGCCACAGAUUCAGACGAUUCGAUGAGUGAUGGUGAGGCGGCUGGUGGUAGUAAAGCAGAAAAUAAGACAAACUCAUCGGCGACGCCAGGCGGCUCCAAAGGUAAUGAGGAUGAAGGUGGUGGCGGUGGUGGUAGCAGUAAAGCUGUUUUAGAAUUAAACGAAGACGAGGAGGAUGAUGAAACAGUAAAGGCCAUAAUUGCGGCCAUUAAAAAGCCACGCAGUUCACCACCCGAAAUUAAGCUAGAAGACUUUGUUACCGAUAUCUGUUUUCACCCACUGCGGGAUAUUAUUGCCAUUGCCACAAUAACAGGCGAUGUGGCCCUGUACGAGUACUCCAAUGAGGGCAAUAAACAUCUACGCACCAUUGAGGUACAUGCCAAAGCAUGUCGUGAUGUUGAAUUCUCAACCGAUGGCCUUAAUGUAUUGACAUGCUCCAAAGAUAAAUCGAUAAUGAUAACCGACAUGGAAACGGAAAAACUAAAGAAGUUCUAUGAAAGUGCCCACGAGGAGCCCAUAAAUAAAUUGCAUGUCAUAGACGAGAAUUUGUUUGCAACAGGUGAUGAUGGUGGCACCGUCAAGUUGUGGGAUCUUAGGACAAAAAAUGAAAUAUUUGCCCUGAAAGAGGUCGAAGACUAUGUCACACAAAUGCUAACCAAUGAGGCUGGUAAAUUGUUGUUGGUAACCAGCGGUGAUGGCUACCUGACCACCUUGAACAUUGGCGCCCGCAAAUUGUAUGUACAAUCAGAACCCUAUGAGGAGGAACUAACCUGCAUGGGCACCUAUCGUGGCGACUCCAAACUGGUUGUGGGCACAUCCAAGGGAAAUCUAUACACCUUUAAUUGGGGACAAUUCGGUUAUCACAGCGAUAAAUUUCCUGGAGUGAAAUCAUCAAUGUCGGAAAUGAUACCCAUUACAGACCGCAUUGCCUGUGUGGCCGGUGAAGAGGGUAUUAUCAGGGCUGUACACAUUGCACCCUUCAGAAAUUUGGGUAUUGUGGGCCAACAUAGCAUGCCCAUUGAAUCGUUGGAUGUGAGUAAUUCGGGUGAACUGAUCGCCUCGUCUUCACACAACAAUGAUGUACGCUUCUGGAAUGUGAAAUAUUUUGAAGAAUUCGGUGAUAUCAAAUACAAUGAGAAACACAAUAGCUACAAGGAGAAGCGACACAAUUUGCCAUCAUCGAAAUUUUCCAAUGCAUCGGAUUUCUUUUCGGACCUGGCCAAGGAGGGGGAGGAGAACAAUGGCGAUGAAUAGUAAUGGUAUUUUUAAGUUCUUGAACCAAGAAUGUUAUGCUGUAAAAAAAGAGGAAGAGAAAACUAAAUACUGAAAAGAAAACGUUUAUCAUUUUAUCCUUCCUUUA